CAGCCGCCGCGGCCCCGCCGCUCGCCGCCCUGAUGCCGGCGGGCACCGAGCAGCCGGGGGGCGCCGAGGAGCAGCCGCGCGCCCAGGGCCCGCCGGCGGCGGCAGAAAGGCCGCUGUCCACGGGCCGCCGCCGCCCACCGCCGCCCGCCGCCGAUCAGGGGGAGGAGUCCGGCGGCAGCCGGGUGCUGAGGGGCGGCCGGGAGCGGGGCCGGGCCGCGGCCGCCGCUGCCUCGGCCGAAGGGGGAGCCGCCGUCGCCUCCCGCCGCCGUAAGGCCGAGUAUCCCCGGCGCCGGCGGAGCAGCCCUGGGGCCCGGCCCGCCGCCGAGCAACCUCCCGCCGAGACGCCACCCGCCGCCAAGAAGGCCCCCCGGGUCGGGUGCACGGAUAAAACGGCUGGUAAAGAUCCCAAAGAAGAGAAGGAAGAGAAGGAAAUUUCCAGUAUCCUCACCCAAAGCCCUCCUGUCAGCACAGCCAGGCCUAGCAGAAGCUGGCGCAGUAGCCGGUCAGCCACCGUGGCCCGCCAGCGUGAUGCUGAGAACUCGCGUGCCUCCAGAUCCAAGACCGGUUCCCUGCAGCUUGUCUGCAAAUCAGAGCCAAAUGCAGACCACCUUGAAUACGAGGUCACAGAAGAACAUCAGUCUCCAGCUGGAAUCAGCAGUGAUGAUGAUGAGAUGCUCAUCAGUGAGGAAGAAGUUCCCUUCAAAGAUGAUCCAAGAGAUGAAACUUACAAGCCCCACCUAGAGAAGGAAGCGCCAAAGCAAAGGAGAAAAGCUAGCAAGGGGAAGGAGGAAAAAGAGAAACAGAAAGAGAUUAAAGUAGAAGUGAAAGAAGAGAGUGAGUUUCGGGAAGACGAAGAACCGCCAAGGAAGAGGGGAAGGAGGAGAAAGGAUGACAAGAGUCCAAGGCUGCCCAAAAGAAGGAAGAAGCCUCCGAUACAGUAUGUCCGCUGCGAGAUGGAAGGCUGUGGCACAGUCUUGGCUCACCCACGUUACCUGCAGCAUCACAUAAAGUACCAGCACUUGCUGAAGAAAAAAUAUGUGUGUCCUCAUCCCUCCUGUGGUCGGCUCUUCCGACUCCAGAAGCAGCUUCUGCGGCACGCCAAACACCACACAGAUCAAAGGGAUUACAUCUGUGAGUACUGUGCCCGGGCGUUUAAGAGUUCUCAUAACUUGGCAGUGCACCGAAUGAUCCAUACGGGCGAGAAGCCCUUGCAGUGUGAGAUCUGUGGAUUCACCUGCCGGCAGAAGGCUUCCCUCAACUGGCACAUGAAGAAGCAUGAUGCGGACUCCUUCUACCAGUUCUCCUGCAACAUUUGCGGCAAGAAAUUUGAGAAGAAGGACAGUGUUGUGGCCCACAAAGCCAAGAGCCACCCUGAAGUGCUUAUUGCUGAAGCGCUGGCUGCCAAUGCGGGUGCCCUGAUCACCAGCACCGACAUCCUGGGCACUAAUCCUGAGGCCAUUGCACCACCCACUGAUGGCCAGGGCCUCCCUCUCCUUCCCGACCCCCUGGGAAGUGCUGCCCCAGCAGACUGCCUGCUGCUGAACCCUGAUGGGAUGCCGAAGGCAUACUGCGGUGGGGCAGAGCGUGUCAGCCUCGUGGCUGAUGGCAAGCUCUUUGUAGGCAGUGGCAGCAGUGCAAAUCCGGAGGGGCUGGUCAUGAACACAGAGAUCCUGGGAGCCACCACAGAGGUGCUCAUCGAAGAUUCAGACUCCACUGGACCCUAGUGUGUGGGGAGCACGUGGGUGCUGGGACAGUUUGGACUCUGUAUUUAAAAGGAGGGGCGGGGGGGUGGUGUGUUGGGGGGUGGGGGAGGGGGGGAGAAAGAAAAAGAGACACUCACUGAAAGAGAGAAAAGUUAAACAACACUUACAAUACUAGUAAAUAACCGAAGGGGCUGCUCCCCUCCAGCGUGGAUCACAGCACAUCCUCUUUCCCAGCCACUUCUCUCUCUCCCACUGCUCCUUUGUAGAAAGGGGCACAUGCUGCCAUUACCAGAGCAAGUUGGAUUGAGCGAUGGAUUUCUCCAGGGGAGGGGAGUCUGCUGAAACCCUUCGCUCUGCCCCAAAGCAGGUGCCUUUCUGGCUCCUUGAUGUGGCCCCACUUGUGAACUAGAAAGCGUUUGAUGUGCUCUGGACAGGUUUCUUAGGACUCCCUCUCGCCCCUGGUCCCAACUUCUAUGCAUCGCUGCACUCUGGUCCUUGCAGUCUCAUUCUUCCUCCCGGGGCUGGGAGUUCGGCUUUGGCACUUUAGGCCCCCUCAGCAGGGUGAGCUGUGAAACGGCGCACGUCCCUCUCCCCACUGCACUCCUCUGCUCCAGCUCUGGCAGGAAGUCGAGGGAACGCCCUGGCUUAUAGAUCAUGUUUGCUUGGAGAGGCCCCGGGGGCUAUGGGAGCCCUGCGUGGGAGAGGCAAGGAGGAGCAUCCCAGUUUGACGACAGUAAUUUGCACUUUGAACAUGCUUCAUUUUUUGUGUUGUGGUAACAAGAUUCCUUAUUUAUUGAUUAAAAAAGGGUCGGUAUUUUUGAGUUAUGUUCUUAGGGGGCGGGGGUGGAAGGGGUUCAGGCUAUUUCCUAGUAGGCUCCUUUGCGCUAGUGAGCUGCAGGGAGUGCCAUUGUAACAGCAGCUGGGAGAGCUGAGGUGAAGGCAGCAUUCUGGAGUCAGAUGUCUCUUGCAGCUUUUCCAGAGUAGAGGGAGAGUCCCUGGAGAAGAGCCUGUUUGCAGUGGGAGUCUCUGCAGCAGCGUUUUAGCAGGAGGAUGAGGUGAGUGAUGGAACAGCUGGCUGUUGUCUCCCUCCCUCCCAGGUCGGGGUGAGCUCCUUGCAUUAAAUACUCUUUUUGCCUCCCCCUUGCUCCCUAGCCUUUCAGGGAAGAACAUCGUUAGCCAGGAACUUGUUCUCGGGAGUUAGGACGGUUGUGAGCUGCUUGCUGCUGCGCAAUGUUGUGCUCCUCAUCCAACUCCGCCUCUCCUUUGCAGGUCUAGAUAAAGAUACAGAAGCAGGGACUGGGUAUGGUUGUCUCAGGCUUGCUUAUCCAAGGCAAUAGACUGAUGCAGGACUUAAGGGGCUGUCAGUUCAUCUCCCUGCCCCUGUUCUGGGGGGAGGGUGUUGUGUAGCCAUGUUCUCAAAGGUCUCUUCUGUGCAAACAACCCUGCUUUAUGUAAAAUGUGGCAGUUCAAGUGUUACCUGCCGGUGUAGUUAGGACAGCUCUGAGCCCUUGGAGAAGUUUCCAUAGCAGACACAUCAUAUCCCAUUUAGACUUGGAUCUUUUUGCUCUUGCCUGAAACUGUGUGGAGAUUCAGUGGCCUUGAAUUCUUAGUGUUUUUUGGAAGAGGUGAAGAAUAACCUGGGCUUUUUGUUUGUUUGCUUGUUUUUUCAGUUGGGUUUAUGUGAUCGGGAGCAGAGCUGAAGUUUCUUGUCCAAGCAGAACAUCAGCUAAAUUGGUCUGUAGCACACAGCAGCUAGGCAAAAUAGGGUAGGGUACCUGGGGUCUGGAGAAUGGCAAUAAAACAUGGAAUUUAAUUGGGAACUUUUUACAGAAAACUGACUGAACACCCGCUCUGUCCCGUGUGCUGCCUGGAAAUCCAGCUGUGGCCUAAGCCUGACAACUUUUAUUGGGCCAUAUGCCCUGAUUUGCCCCCUCCUUUCCCCCCUUACAACUGAUAUCUUUGUCAGAGCAAGUUGAAACACUGCUGGUCUUGGUGUGGUUAGUGGCUGAACAGUUUGCAACCGUGGUGUCUCAUGCCCUGGGUGUGGGCAUCCCACAUUCUUGCAUCGCAGCAUCGGUGUGGCUCCCAUGCCUGCAGGAGAUGCAUCUGGCCACAAGCCUCUCUUGGAGAUAAGGAUGAGGGCCCAACAUACCUGAAUGCGGGUCUCCUGGGAUGGUGCAUGUCAGGUCCGCGAUGGUACGGUGUUAAACUAAACCGGUUUCUUCAGUUGGGAUGAUCCAAUUUCUUGCUUUUGCUUGGAUCAAAUUUAUUGUGAUUUCCAGCAGGAAGCUUUUGGGUGGCCAGCUGGUCCCCUCCCCAUGCCAACUAAAGAGAAGCAGCACAAUGAGACGUGUUCAAACCCAACUCUGCAUGGUUUCGCCCCCCAGCAGUGUGCGUUUUCUGUCUGGGGAGUCAUGUGGUGGCAUGUCUCCUGGCCUGCAUCCUGGCCACCGGUAGCAGAUGAGCUCCCGUGGUGCAGCUCGGCCACGUUGUCCCCACGCUUGCUGCAGACCAUGCUGCUGGAGCUGCUUUUCAUGCCCUGCCCCUGUGCCCUGUGGGAGGUGCGGAGUGGGCAGAGGCUUGCACAGAACACUAAACGGAGAGCUCAGGGGUUUUGUUUUCUGAGGGAUGGCACUAAAAUGCUUUUGGGUCAAGGGCUUGCUCGCCUCUGAUGACGUGACACUUGGCACCUGGCUGGGAGGCAAGGGAAGCUGCCUCGUCCUGCGUCUGCCCCCGCCACCCCUAGCAGAGCAGAGUUUGCUGUCGACUGCAUUCCUGGGACACAGAAUCGAGCAGCUCGUUUACUUCCCAGCCCAGCCACCUCUGAUCCCUGCCUUUUCCUUCCAUCCACACCUCUUGUAGCUCUCCUUUUUCUUUUUUCUGGUCUUGGCCAGUUGCCUGUCUGUCCUCUAACCACAGCCUGCUAACCCCCGAUGCAGGAGAGACUGGUGUAGCUCCCUUCCCACUCCCCUUUGAAGCCCUAUAACUGACACAGCCCUCCUGCGGCUCUUCCUUCCCUCGAUGUCUCUCCUUCACUCGCAUGCAGUUUGCUUCAAUAAAUUAUUGUAGUAGUUUGCAAUAAACUUUUUUGUAUUUUUUUC